ACUAACACAGCAAAUUCCGACAUACGAACAGCCGCAGGAUGACUAUGGGGACUCCUCGCGAGCUGAUGGAGUUUACCAGAAUAUUUCGGUUGCUGAGCGGACCAUACGGCCCUCAGAAAUGAAGGACGAGGGGUAAGAUAUUCGUCACCAUCAUUCGUUUCAGGACCCUUUGGCACCACGUCUACUGUAAUCCAGCAUCUCUUUAGAUGUCUGUCGCGUAGUCGGUCUGUCUGUCAUCUACACCAGCACCUAGCGUAUCUGCGUUGUCUACGACUAAGCUAGGCUAUGCACAAACAGUAGCGUCUCUCUAUUUUUAUCAUCCUCGUUGCGACAACUCUGUCCUAGCCUACUGAUACUAAUAGCAAUUUCUCUGUUUUCUGCAUGUCUUCCUCCGUAUCUUCAUCAACGUCGCUUCUAUUCCCCUCUCGCACACUUCGACUCUAUAGCAAGAUGUUUAUUGGUGGUCUCAAUUGGGAUACGACUGAUGAAUCUCUCCGUAAUUAUUUUUCGCAGUUUGGAAAAGUCGACGCAUGCACGAUCAUGCGCGAUGCGGGCGGAAGGUCAAGAUGUUUUGCCUUCCUUACCUUUGAUGAUCCUGCCAGUGUGAACGCCGUCAUGGUCAAGGAACAUUUCCUUGAUGGCAAAGCAAUUGACCCGAAGCGAGCUAUCCCCCGGCAGGAGCAUCAACGUGCGACAAAGCUCUUCAUAGGUGGUCUCGCGGGAAGUGUGACGUCCGAGUCCAUGCGUGAAUUCUUUUCACAGUUCGGCAAGGUUAUUGACUCGACCGUCAUGUUGGACCGGGAGACAGGCAGAAGCAAGGGCUUUGGGUUCAUCUCCUUUGAAGAUACUAAUGUCCAGCCACUCCUGGGCUUCGGUAAUCUCGAGAUCGAUGGUAAACUGAUCGACGUUAAGUUGGCGCAACCGAGGUACCAGCGGGAUAACUACAAUGAAGACAACCAGGGCGGUGGAGACUACACUGGAGCCGUUGUUGGAAGAGGCGCUGGUACCGUUGCUGCCCAGAGUAACUUCAACAACCCCAUGGCUGCCACCGGAACUGGAAACACGCCUUUCGAUCCCCAGGCUUUAGCUCAGCUAUACACUCGCAUGUUCCAAAUGACUGGAGGUGGUGCGAUGAACCCCAUGAUGGCUAAUAUGAAUCCGAUGAUGGCUGGUAUGGCUGGUACAGGCUUUGGUGGCCCUGGAAACAUGAGAGCAAUGGGUAAUAUGGCCAACAUGGGUAUGGGUAUGGGUAUGGGUAUGGGCGGUGGAGGAAUGAGUAUGGGGAGGGGAGCUAUGAUGCAGGGAGGUGGUGCGGCCACCAUGAACCCCAAUAUUCCAAGGGGCCCUCGCGGCGCCCCUAGUGGUCCUGGAGUUGGUCCCCAGCGAGCGGCACAACGGGGUCAGCACAAUUACCACCCUUAUGCACGCUGAACGGAGUCACGGCCGAUUCACCGUCAAAAAUCUUCGGACCUGGUCUUUUUAUCUUUUUUUUCGUCUACCGUACUUUGUACAACUAAAAUGAAUGAACUCCGCUCGUUUUAUCGUCUCGAUGAGUUUACAUAACACGGAUGUAUUCGUCAGAUAAUUUCAGCAGACAAACAACCUGGGCUGG